UUACCAUAAGAGCCAGCUCCGACUUUCUUUAAUUUCUUGCUUCAUAUCCACUAGCCACAUCUGUUGCCAAGUUAAUUUCAGUCCUAAUGGGGUUUCAUCUCCCACUCAUCUUUGCUAUUCUCAGUCUAGCAGCGGUCGCACUGGCAAACCAUGCUGCUCAACCAGCACCUCAACUUUACUGGAACUCCGUCCUGCCAAACACACAGAUGCCAAGAUCUAUCAGUGAACUUCUGCAUCCUGACUCCAAAAAUGAAGAAAAGAGCACAAAUAUGGUGAAUGCUGUUGGCAAACCUGAAAUUUUCCCAUUGGGCAAUAAACAUUACGUUCAAAAACACUAUGGAAGGGGCGAACCUGAAAUUUUCCCAUUGGGCAAUAAACGUUACAUUCAAAAACACUAUGGAAAAGGUGCUUCUCCAUCUGACAAUCUACUCCAUUAUAAAAACAUAGCUAUUUUCUUCUUGGAGAAGGACAUGCGCCCUGGCACAACACUGAACUACCAAUUCCUUAGAAAUUCAAACACGGCUACUUUCCUGCCACGAGAAAGCGCUCAAUCGAUCCCCUUCUCCUCUAACAAACUACCAGAAAUUUUCAACCAUUUUUCAGUGAAGCCAACAUCUGUGGAAGCCAAAACAAUUAAGGAAACAAUCGAAGAGUGUGAAGCUCCAGGCCUUAUGGGAGAGGAAAAAUAUUGCGCCACAUCUUUAGAAUCAAUGGUUGAUUUUAGCACUUCGAAGCUUGGAACAACAAACGUUGAAGCAAUCUCGACGGAGAUAUUGGAAAAAGGAGCCACCAUGUCCAUGCACAACUAUACAACAAUGCCGGGACUGAAGAAGUUGGCAGGUGACAAAGUCGUUGUGUGUCAUAAGGAGAACUAUCCCUAUGCUGUGUUUUACUGCCAUGCAAUAAAACAAACAGCAGCUUAUGUUCUCUCCCUGAAAGGCGAUGAUGGGGAGAAGGUUAAAGCAGUAACUAUCUGCCAUCUAGACACAUCAGAAUGGAACCCAAAGCAUUUGUCCUUCCAAAUCCUCAACGUUAAGCCCGGAACCAUUCCCAUCUGCCAUUUCAUUUCCACUGAUGCUAUUGCCUUUGUUCCGAACCACAAAUAAUCUGCAUGAUCAUCACUUAGCACUGUACAUAUAAUAAGCUUGGUCGGGUUGCACCCCUGUAUAAUUAUCUCCCUACUUAUUUCUGCCUCUUCAUCAUGUGGUGUAAGAUAUAUGAUGAGAUGAAGUUUUUGGGAUUAGUGGUCGGGUUGUCUAAAAAACACAGAUUACAGAAACUGCUUGAAAUUAACCCGAUCAUGUUUUCUCUUGUAACUAUAUAGACUUCAACUUGUACUCAUAAUAAAGCAUGCUGUUGGGGGGUUCUACUUAA